AUGCAAGAGCAAAGUUCAUCGCGAUCGAAGUCUACGUUAAACUCUUUGGAAAGCGCCAUCAUCAAGCUGAAAAACAAUCUGCAGAUUCAAGACCACAAGAGCCCAUCGGAUAUGAAUGUACUGAGCGUUGAACCUCCUUCACCAAUUGAAGAUACCAAGGGAAUAGCAAGUAAGACAGGCAAUUUGUCUCCAUCUAAUAUAAAUUUAUCUAUUGCGUCUGCUGCUCUCUUACAAGAAAAUAUGUUACAACGUUCGUUACAAGGUGUGGUUAUAUCGCUGCAAAACGCAAUGAUGAGUUCAUUGCAACAAGCUGCUUUAUUGCCAUCAAACUCCGCUGCAGCUGCCGCGCUCAAUUUGCAAGCAUUGGAAUCUUAUUUGACAUUACAGCGCUUGACAUCUGUAUCAUCUGUUAGUAGCUCAAAUCAGUCAAAUCUAACUGACAAUAGUCUUACUUCAAAACAAGAUAUUUUAAGAAUAGCGACGGCAAGCGCAAAGAUUACUGAAAACGAUGGCUCAGAAAAUACCAGAGAAUUUUCACCUAAGACACCUGAAGAAUAUCCUUUAUCCGAUGCAAUAGCUGCAGAAGACGUAGAUUUAUCGGAAGAAGUGGAAGAAGACCUUGCAUUAUUAGACAACGAAGAUGAAUUUACAUUAGAACAACAUUUAGAAUCUACAUCAAAAACUUAUGGAUACAGUUCAUCACAAAAUCUAGAUAAUGGAUACCCUAGUUUACUAAUGAAUGCAAUGUACCAACAACAAAUGAAUGGUAGUCCAACACAGCCUCCAUUGUCUCCUCAGCCAUCGAACUCAUCAAGCUCAAAGUCCACAAAUAGUUCUACAUCUUCAACGGGAAGUAGUAUUUCAAAUAAACAAAAAACCUCGGGAAGCGGUCCCCGGACGAAGAAACAAUUCAUCUGUAAGUUUUGUAAUCGACAGUUCACGAAAUCAUACAAUUUAUUAAUUCAUGAAAGAACGCAUACAGACGAGCGACCAUAUUCUUGUGACAUUUGCGGCAAGGCAUUCCGACGGCAAGAUCAUCUCAGGGACCACAGAUACAUUCACUCCAAGGAAAAGCCGUUCAAAUGCAUGGAAUGUGGUAAAGGGUUCUGUCAAUCAAGAACUCUAGCUGUUCAUAAGAUCCUUCACAUGGAAGAAUCUCCCCACAAAUGCCCAGUUUGCAGCAGAAGUUUCAACCAAAGGUCUAACCUCAAGACACAUUUACUCACCCAUACGGAUAUUAAGCCGUACAACUGUUCCUCGUGUGGCAAAGUGUUCAGAAGAAAUUGUGAUUUAAGGCGACACAGCUUGACCCACAAUCUUGUCGGUAUUUCAUCAGUCAAUACGUCACCUAGUGGAUCUAACGGUAAAAGUCCAAUUUUAAAUCCAAAUUUUCCAAUAGACAGCAUAGAUACAGAAGAUGAAAACUGA